CGGCCGUGUCAAGCGGCUCUGCAUGUUGUAUUUCUUUUGAACAUGAUUCUGGACAUCCCGCGACUUGUUCCAGCGCGACAGAUUUAUCUCUAAUACAAUGGUUCACGCCCCGGAGAGCGAAAAGGCCCUGCGCUACAUACAACAGUUGGACGAGGCACGAUGUACCGGACGCUGGAAGGACGUGCCAGAGCUAUGCAGGAAGGUCGAGAAGCAUGCUCCACACCGCCGAUGCCUGACACUCACCGCACGAUCCGAGGCCCAAAUCGCCGAAUAUAGUACUCAACGGCCCUCCACUGGCGCCUCCACCGCCUCUUCUGGCCUGUCGCAAGUCAUCCCGUCUCUGCUCACCGCAGUCGAGGAGGAAGGAGAUCACAAUCAGGAUGCUUUCCAGGCCACCGUCUGCCUUGGAUGGCUGCACUAUGUGCUCGACGAGCCUGGGUUGGCUGUGGCGCGUCUCCCCGGUGAUUUCAGGGCCGUCGCGACCACCAUGUCGGGAGAAGGAGCGGCAUUGAGUGGCUGGUCGAGGGUCUGUCUUGCCAAAGGCGCCUUCCUGAAAGGUUCCGCGCAAGAAAAGUCGGGUGCAGUUGGGGAUGCAGUCGCGACGUACUCCUCAAUCGUCCCCUGGCUGUCGUCCCUCCCCUCUACCAAUGCCGAGUCACCUCAGUUCAAGAUGUGGACCGAGCACCUCCUCGUGCGGCUGUGUCAGCUAUCUGACCAGUCCAGUGGGAGAGACGAACACGUCGAAUCGUCAGAAGCUCUGCAAACAUACCGCUACUGGGCACGACUGUGGGAAAGCUCAUCAAAGAGUGGAGGGCAUGACUCGGGAGACACAGCUCUAUCCCGUCGCCUGGCAUGGAAAGCAUACUACGAUACACUGUCCACCAUCCUGCGACACGACUUGACUUAUAGUCCUGAGUCGGCGCCUGCCACCCAGGAGAAGUCACCUCUGCAAAGCCUGUCCACGACGCGACUACGGCAGCGCGCAGAGCUGAAGCGUGUUGAGACGAUCUACGAAAGUCUUUUGAUACGAGAAACGCAAUUUCCCAGAGCAAGUGAAAGCAACCGCGAAAUUGAAGCAUGGACAGACUCCGUCAUGUACAACUGGCGCCUUCUCUGUGGGCCAACUUGGAGUGAUGGCGACCUCGGUGAGGGUGGGAAAGAAGGGGUUGGACGAAGUGUGCUUGACAUAUUGUAUCGAGCAGCUACCAAGACGUUUCACUCCACACAAAUCCUGCGACAUUUGUUCGUCGUGCAUGCGUCACUGGCCGAAUUCGAUCUGGCAUUCAAGGCUUUCGACUCCUACGUCGAGAUCAUCACACGCGGGAAAGAUCGGGCUGAGGAAGCAGGCCAAGAUGAUGUUGAGAUCGAUAAUGACAGCACCAUUCUUCGAACUUCGGCAGAGGCGAUACGAAUUCUUUGCCGAUUUGGAUCACGAAAGGAAGCCCAGAAGGCGCUGGAUGUUGGCCAUCAACUCGAGAAGUGGUUGGAGCAAUGUGAGCACGUUCAAUCAUCGUCGGACACUGCAUUUGUGGCAUCCACGGCAACGCUGGCGGAGCCCGCUGCCAUUGCUGCCGCAUAUUGCUCCUUGGGCAUCAGUCAGGCCCAUUGGGCACGCUUCACAUACGAAGUCGACCAGCGAGCGGCUAUCCAGGCUAAAGCAGUCCAAUACCUGCGUAAGUCACUCGCCCCGAGUCUCGGUGAUGCCAACAACAUCGAUGCUCUGUACGCUCUGGCUUUAGUGCUGGCCGAGACGCGAGAAAUCCCGGGGGCGAUAAAAGUCGCCAAACGUGCCCUUUCCGCCGCUACCAAACACAACACGUCGAUCAGUGCCGAUGGAGUAUUAUCUGGCGGGUUGAUAACCGAAUUUGGUCGAGAGCGCAAGCUGAUCCCUAUUUGGCAUGUACUUGCCCUGCUCUUAACUUCGCGGUCUGACUUCACUGCUGCCGAGAAGGCAUGCGAAGCAGCUUUCGAGCAGUUCGGAGACCCCACUGUUCUCUUUGGUUCAGACGACGCGGAUGCCUAUCGUAGCGAGCAUCUUAAUGCGGCAAAUGGAAACGACACAUCAAGCCAUGGCGUAGUAGAUUACAUGGAAGGUUCCGAAAAGAGGGAGAUCUUACAAAUCAAGAUGACACAACUCGCCCUUGUCGAAGUCACCGACAGCGCCAUCGCUGCCGUAGACGGUUGCGAUGAGCUCCUCGCUCUGUAUGCCAGACUGUUCGGGGAUCCAGCUCGAGACGAGACUAAAAUUGUGCCAUCUAUCACCACGUUGGCACCGCCCAAGAGUGCUGUUGGAACUGGUCGAGGGAGCAUUUUCCGAGGACGGGGUUCGGUCAGAGCUUCACCCCAAGAGUCGGUUGUUCGAAAUCCAUCAGUUCUUAGCUCUAGGACACCUGCGAUGGCCACUCAACAAGCUUCCGCUCCUGCGAUUCAAGUCACUGAAGGGGAUGCAAGUAAAUCUGGUCACCAUCGACACCACCUGUUUCAUCAUCACAAGCCUGACGAAGGAAACGCUAACAUCGGGCGAAGUUCAAGCAAGGCGCGAAACCCGGGCGGUUCUGGAAGGCCCUCAGUGCCGGACAAUGAUCAAGCACCCGAAGUACCUCCUCUACCAGAGGGCGUAUCUAACGGCACCCCAGCACGGGGCAACAACGUGCAUUCAAACUCCCCUCGACGCCUCUCUUUGUCAAGCUCCCCAAGAAAGUCAAUAGAAAGCAAUGAUCGGCCACUUCGUGCCAUACCACAUAAUCUUUCGCAUACAUCCCCACCACAAAUACAGGCUAGCCACUCUCAUAAACAAGACGUGCGUCUGCCUGCGCCUUUUCCAAGCACAAAUUAUGUCCCUCCAGGUCCCCGAUUCUCCAAAAUCGAGGAACGUAGACAGAAAGUUUCUCUACUAGUAGGCAUAUGGAUUUUCAUCUCUGGGCUAUACUCGCGAGCACAAAUGUUCAACGAUGCCAACGAAGCAGUUGCCGAAGCGCUAAAGCUGAUCGAGAAGUUUGAGGCGGAGCUGGCAGUCGAACACUCGACUGCUAGGGCGCUUGCAGAGAAGGGCUGGGGCGGCGGGAAGAGUGUGGAAGAGCUAUGGGCUGACGCCUUCGCUGCACGCGGAGAGUCUCUCGUGGCCCAAUCUCGUCAACACCAGGCUCGCUCGGACUUUGAGCGCGCACUCUUGCACUUCCCAGACCACCCCGAAGGUAUUGUCGGGCUGUCGAAUAUUUUACUCGACAUCUACGCCGAAGUGAUACCCAUGGAGCCGGAUCAAGGGACGAACGCUGCUAAUUACUCAUCUUUGCCUUCCGUUCCAUUGGCCCAGCAAACUCCUUCCAAUCUGAAAUCUUCUCGCCUAACGAGUUAUAUCCCGUCGGUACAGAACCAGCUUUCGCCACCAAAGCUCAAUCGUCUCGCAGCACGCGACCGCGCUUUUGGGCUCCUUUCGACAUUGACAAAGCUUGGUACUGGCUGGGAUUACUCGGAGGCGUGGUUUGCGUUAGCUCGGGCGUACGAGGAGAGUGGCAUGAUUGACAAAACAAAGGAGGUGUUGUGGUGGUGUGUCGAAUUGGAGGACACGCAUCCGGUGAGGGGUUGGAAGAACGUCACUUUGGGAGGGUUUGUGCUGUAGAUGCGGCUUUGCGUACUGAAAUGGUGACGAUGGUGGGUGGCGAAGAGUAGUGGACUUGUAGCUCUGAUACCCACUGCAGCGUUCCGGGUGAGGUAGUUUGCAUAUGUAAUGUUUGGUCAUGAGAAGUUGGAGUUGACCAAGUUUCUUAAACCAUGGGCUGGUGAGUGAUGUUCUUCGUCUGUUCAUACCUUUUCUUCCUGUUCUCCUACUUGCAUUUUUUCACUGCUAUUUCUAUUUCGCUUUGCGCUAGGACGACUCGUCGUCUCGAUGAUACCAGGCGUCUGUUAGCUCGGUUUUUCUUUCACCCCAUUCACCUUCUUGGUUAGUCGGAAUACCCGGAACUAAGUAGGCUGCAGCGAGGUCUUGCAACAGCUUGACGCCUACAUGUAUAAACUUUGUGA